AUGUAUGGGCUCAAUGCGAUUCUGAGCCGCAACUCCUACGUGUCCUGGGGCAAUGGUCGGGAUUUCAUCUUUACCGGCAAUCGAGACUUCCAGGGCGGCAGGCAGUGUUGGCUCCAGCACGACGGCACCAGCUCAGCGCCAGUGGCGAAGCCCCGCCCCCCAGCGGUGAAGAUGCUGUCGAAGGGCACAGGUCCUCUGGCAGGCAGUCGCCGGAAGCUUGAGCAAUCGGUGGAGUACUGGCGAUCGCUGGGUCGUCACGACACCAUGGAGGACGCUUUUGUGGAUGCGGCCAUCACGAGGGUGAUGCAAAAGCCACGUCCGCAGAGCGCCAUCGCCACCAGGCGCCCGACACCGCGGCCCUCGAAAAGGCCCGAGAAGGCAUCGCCUUGGGCAGCAUGGCAGAAGGUGCAGCCCGAGGAAGCGACCCUGUCGGCUGUGAGCACGGCGACGCCACUGCCGGAGGAGCUCAAGCCAGAGCUCUUCAGCCGUUUGCCGCUGGCUCAUGGAACGUUGGAAUUUGUGGCUCUGAGGGUCGAGGACUAG